UUUAGUUAUGUCGAUGAUAUAUCCCAGACAUCGUCCUUAUGAUGAUGAAAUAUCCCUUUCUUUCAAAAGGCCUUGUGUUUGUACCGAGGAAAAUCUUGAUUAUGAAAGGAAUUAUGUUUACGUAGAAGGAACUCAAACGGAUAAAAAUGUGUCAACAAAUAUAAGUGAACUUUCUGAAAACGUAUGGUACGAAAUUAGACCGCCAAAGUUAUUCGCAAAACAAAUAGUUCCAGUAGUAACCUCUAGACAAACUUAUAUUGCUCGUAUAUUAUUAGAUGGUAAGUUGACUAAUUUAGAAGAAGCGGAAGACGACGAAGUGACAGCUGUCAAAAAAGAUAAGAAUACUAUCAAGAACGUCAGUAUGAACAUCAAAAAAUCUGCUGUCAGAUUCCUUGGUAAAGCAGGAGUGGAUUUCGAUUUUUAAUUAUAAUAUACACGAAAUAAAAUUAUUUCUACAACGAUAACAUGCAUAUUUGAUGGAAGAAAUAAAUCACAAAAAUUUAAAAACUUGUUUUUUAUUUUAAAUGCAUAAUAAUAUUAAUUUUCUCCAAAAUAAUAGUUUGGUUAGUGGCGGUUAGCAUUAUAAUAUCAGAAGUAAUGAAGUUUAAACUUGUCCUGUCUCUGAAGACGAUAACUUAGUUAUUGAAUGGCGCGUUAUACAGUGUAAUUGUUAGUACUGGUGUAGAAGUAGUGUAAACUAAUAAUUCAAAAGUGUUGACCCAUGAGUGACAUGAGUGAAAACGGAUAUUUUUCAAAGACAAAUUUUAAAUCGUAUUUUAUCUGUGGCACUUUUGAUAUUGAAUUUGUUUAUGAGGAAUACUAGGUAUUAGACUUGGGAAAUGGAAUUUGUAUAGAAUUUUUUGAUCAAUGUUGUUAUCAUAAUAAGGUUUUAUUAAA